AUGAAAAAGGGUCGGUUUAUGCAGUAUGUGGCGACAAUUUGUGCAAACAUAUCUUCCUUCGGAAUCGGUGCAGCCUUCUCCUGGUCAUCUCCAGUUCUGGCAAGAUUGGGUAACAAAAACUAUUCACCAUUUUCCAGCCCUGUAGAACCUUAUUUUGCCAUGAUGUUGGCAGCUUUGGUCUGUCUGGGGAUAGCAAUAGGUCCUUUUCCGUUAGCCUAUAUGGCAGAGAAGAUUGGACGCAAAAAGACUAUUCUGUGGAUGGCAGCGCCAACGUUGAUCAGUUGGAUCCUGAUUGUGGUCGCCACAUCUAUAUACCAGGUUUUGGUAGCAAGAUUUUUGAUAGGUCUAUCCGGAAGUGUCGUUUUCUCCAUAGUUCCAAGAUAUGUUGCCGAAAUUGCAGAAGAUGACAACAGAGGUGGCCUAGGAUCUCUUCUGCAAGUAUUCGUCUUGGGAAUGUUGUACUCUUAUUGUGUUGGACCAUUCUGCUCCUACCAAUGGUUCUGCAUAGCAUGCUGCAUUAUUCCUGUUGUGUUGAUUUUAACUUUUAUCUGGAUGCCUGAAAGUCCUUACUAUUAUGCGGCCAAAGGCAACGAAGAAGGCACGUUGAAAUGUCUUAUGCGAAUCCGUGGUAAAACAAAAGAAGAAGCCGAACGCGAAGCAGGACAAAUAAAAUCCAUGGUGCAAGAGAUGUCGAACAACGCAGGAACUUAUAAAGAAUUAUUUUCAAACAAAGAGCAGCGAUGGCCUCUAUGUAUCAUGACCGGCUUGGCAGUUUCUAUUCCACUAUCAGGAGCUACAGCAGUUCAGAUUUAUGCAGAACCAAUUUUCCAGAGGACAAAUACAGAUUUGAGUCCUGCUUUUUUGGCUAUAAUAAUUGGUACCAAGUUGUGUCCAAGUUGUCCUUUGCCUGUUCACACCCUGGUUGUUCAACAAAAUGGGCAGGAGGAUCCUGCUUUUGAUUUCUUCUGCAGGAUCAACCAUAUCACUGGUUUUGGAGGCAUAACUUGGGUGAUCAUGAGUGAAAUUUUUCCAGGACAUUUGAUCUCAAAGGCGAUGGCUGUUGGUGCAUCCACCUGCAACUUUUUUGCCUUUGUCGUUUCCUUGAUGUUUUCACAAGUGGAAACAUGGCUUACUCCUGGUGGACUGUUCUGGUUGUUUUGCAUCUUCUGCCUUUUGGCCUUUGUCUUUGUGCUGUUCACGGUCCCAGAAACAAGAGGUCUAAGUUUUGCACAAAUUCAGGAAAAAUUGAAGAAAGGAAGAAAACAACGACAGGAUUCAAGUUGA